UAAUGCUUAUCACCAUAGAUCCAGGUCAUCCCCUAUCCGCUGAUCAUAUUGCAUCUACUUGGGCUACAGCUCAAUACAGAUACUUCUUAGAGGAAAUAAGGUCUAAAUAUCGACGACACAGAUUGAGUUAGAUAUUCACCGGGUGUAUGUAUGUACUUAUAUAUCUCUUAUCCGGGAAUUGGCUGUUGGCGGAAAUAUUCCGGGGGCGGAAUUCGCUCGGCUGUAAUAACAACAGAUGCAUCAAUUCCGCGAUGAAUAUCGGAUCUUUUUGUGCCAUACCCGAAAUACUUUGUCUAUACAGAAAACGUGGGGUAGAUUUGAGCUAUAGAUCCUUCUUUUAUAUGGCUAACAGAACGGAAAACUUCCCCCUUUGCGGCCUGCGAGGACUUUUAUUUAAUGGCCUUAUGGACUGUGGCAUUCUGUGUCACUGACAAACCACGACAUUAUUAAGAUAGUUCAGCAUGGCCAUAACAGCAUCUCUGUCCUUUAUACAGCAAAGCCUCAUUCUUACCCCUCUA